AAGAUCGUAAUCUUGGAUUGCAAUGAGCAAACAACUUCAACAUGAAUUCAUCAAAUUCUUGAAAGACCAUCGCGCUAUUUUAUUCGUUAUGACCUAAUUGACUGUAUAUCAAAUCAACCACGAUGGUAUACUUAAAAACAUGAAAUUGCGGGUCAAUUAGUUGAGAUUGGUUGGAUAUCAUGAAGUCACUCCUAACCCAACUUCGUCCAAGCGCGCGUACACCCCUGGCCUUAGGAAAUGCGGGCUCUGACAUCGUGAGCCGGCUACCAUUUGAACUGCACAUCAUAAUUCUCGCUUAUCUUGAGCCGAAUGAUGUAGACGCUGGUCUUCACGCGUGCCGCGGUUGGCGCGAUAUCUGGUUGAGUGAGGAGGUAUGGCCCAAGCUUGCUCAACGAUGGUACCCAGGCCUGGAAGACUACAUUCGCAGGCCUGUAUUUCAUGGGCAAGACUUGGGUGAGAUGUUCCGACGGGCUCUACAUAAGAUCCAGAGGAGGGUAAGCGGAAGGUUCGCCUCUGCCUUGCAUUACGAGAUGCAUCUAGAAUCCGAGCAGUUCUUCACAUUGAGCAAAGGCGUUCCGGUAUCAGAAGGAGGUGUCCAUUCUUAUGACGAGGUAGAUGGCCUUGAGUGUGGUUCCGAUACCCGUUAUCCGCGGUUCAUGAUGUACAAUGAUGGCCGAAUAGCAUGGUGGCCUGAAGCAUAUGUUCUCCCUUAUUUCGCCGUGGUCGACGAUCUACGCACAAGGAAACGGCGAGCAUAUCUAUUCCCUAACCAUAAAGGAGAGAAGCAGGGCUAUAAGACUGCUAUGAGUAAUAAACUCAUCUUAAUGGGGCGGGGAAAGAUGCUGCACGCAUGGCAUCUUGAGUUAGAUCAGCUUCGCUCCACUGAAGUCCCGGAUGAGUUCGUUCGCUGCAUUGCCGAGGGAGAAACUGUUAUUAUAGUUUCUAAGACCGCGGAGGUCUUUCUAUGGCGGUUUGGCGAGAAACCACAACAUAUAAAUACGAAUCGGUGUUACGGAAAGGGACCUCUCGGCACAUCUCACCCUUACGACUUUGUUUCGGGCCAAUUCGCUUCUUCCCAUAAUGCUGGCUCGCGCCUUGUGCAAAGUGGCACUUUAUUGGAUUUCAUUAUUUCUCCUGACGAGGAGAAUGUUUUCUUCAUUAUAGCUUAUUUUCCUGCACCGAUGAAACUGCUUCGGGUAUGCGAAAUGCGUAACGGAAAGCUCGCCGGUAUUUAUCGGCUAGACAGAAAUAAGUUGGAUGGUCUCAUCAUGGAUCAUGUUGAGUUUACGAAUAUACGUUGGGAGAAGAUCGACUCUUAUGGUGGAUACUGCUUGACGCAGGCUUUAUCGCAGACUCCUAACCGUUCCGACCCAGAAUCACCUCGCACAUCUGCCUCAUGCCGCCCAUUGAGUAGUAAUCUUGUAUCGGUAUGCUUUAACAUUUACACUAAACAAUUCACAAUCCUCCAUUAUCAUUACAAAGAAUGCCACAACCCCCAAACCGCCUGCCAAGUUUGGAAUGGACGGAUCGUCACAAGCGACAUAAAGGGUUCUCAAGGUCUUGUCUUAUCUCUUCGCCCGUGUAAAGAGACCACGUGUCCCUAUGAGGAAUCACGUCCCAUCCCUCUAUACACAAUGGUACCCAACGGACGAGGUACCCUAUUGCGAAGACAGCAUGCUCCUUAUGAGACCCACGGGCUUAGUAGCCUAGAACUGCAUGGUACGGAUUUUGCACUUGAUUCCAACCAGCAAUUUGAUAGCGGGGCUGGCCCACCUGUACUUCCGGGGGUCAGGAGAGUCGUGGGCGAUGACGACUUCCUUCUCCUAGUUGUUAGGGACUCUUGCAGCGCUUGGAGUUUUAAUAACGAUAUAUCCGAAAAACCUAAUGAUAGUAAGCGAAGCCUAUGGCGAAGUCUGAUCCGCUGAGCCUCUACUCUUCGGCCAAUCCGACCGAAGCUGCCACAUUCGAUUCUCGCUACCCCAGUAUCAUAAAUAUUUGUAUUUGGAGUAGGAAAUUCUCUAAAUAUGGUGUUUUUGGACUAGAGCUAGGGAAACGCAUGAAUAUUUUAUUCGAAUCAAAACCAAUCCAACGUAAUAAAUCGUUUUCGAUAGGCUCCUCAAGGAAAUCUAGAAUUUUUCGUGCGAUAAAAAGACCUCCCCGCAAUAAUAACAACUAUCGGAACCACAAAACGAUGGAUGAAGCAACUUUCGCGAAGAAGUGUUCAGCCCAGCACCUUCAUUGACUCAGUCCAUUUUCUGAGUAAUAGCUCUUUGAAGGCCGACCGUAUUCGAUUCCCAAAGGGAACCUCCAAGUUGGAGAUUUAGUCAGAUCGUGUGUCCAAGAUGGGCUCGAGGAGUGUUUGGAACAACUAAUUACACGUUAGUCUCUAAGUGAAUCGCAUGAAUAGGGGGCGGGGUAAGUAAAGGGAGUCCUACCCAAGCCUCGAGAUCUCUCUCGUUGUCUCUGAGCUCGCGG